AUGGGUUCAGAUAUCAGGACGCAUGAGUUCCGUAUUACCGAGCUUGAUAAUGAUGGUAUCCCGUCAGCCAUCUAUGAGAUUGACUCGGCGACAGCUCAAGUCGAGAAGCGAUUACCACAGAGGUCCAUUCCCAGCACAUCCCUCUCGAUUCUUCAGAAAUGCAUAUCACCUUUCCUCCCGGCUGGCUAUCCUUCCACAGUGACACCCGACUACACUCCCUAUCAGAUCUGGGACUCACUCCAAGCAUUUGCCUCCACUAUCGCUGGUUUGCUGGCGUCGAGGGCCGUCUUUGUCGGCAUGGGCGUGGGAUCCGAGGAUGCCUCAUUAGUCACUACGAUGUUGCUGUACAUCGCGCAAGAAACCAUUGGCAGGGUUGCCACAAUUCUCUUUGCGCAUCGGUUUUCUCAGCGUAUCGAAGCUGAAGUCAAAUUCUACCGAUUCUUCGCUGACAUUGUCAAUGAUAUUGCUUUCGUGCUGGACUGCAUGAGUCCUGCUAUGCCCCUCUUCGCACGGGUCUUGACUCUCUGCGUCAGCAACGCGUGUCGAGCCAUGUGUGGAGUUGCUGGUGGCAGUAGCAAGGCUAUCUUGAGUUCCCACUUCGCCAGAGCAGGGAACAUAGGUGAGCUCAACGCGAAAGAUGGGAGUCAAGAGACUGUGAUUAGUCUAGUAGGAAUGUGGGCAGGAGGCCUGGUUGUCAGCAAAGUCCACGGGACAAAGGCCACAUGGUGUCUCCUGGUGCCGCUGUUGGUGCUACAUCUAUGGGCAAAUUGGCAGGCAGUGAACAGUGUCCGCCUAAAGUCAUUAAACCAUGAAAGAGCGACCAUUUUCUUUACAAGCUUCGUUGAAGGCCGGAUCUUGACUCCGGACGAAGUGGGUGAGUCUGAAUCUGUACUUCGGCGAAAUGACCGUGGGAUGGACAUUCGAGUUGGCCUUGAUUUGAAUUCGUUCCUGCAAUUCAUGCAAUCAUCGUUCCUGGGAGAAUCCGGAUCUUUUAGGGAGUUCAAGAAUGUGGUUGACGUGUUUGCGAAGGAAGAUUACUUGCUGUGGGUCGACUCAAAAAGAAGAAUUGGUGCCCUGAUGUUGAAAGAAACAGCAACUGCCGAGACUCAGGUGAAAGGGUUCUGGCAACUAGUUCUAUGCUUGCAUGGUAACCUAGCCUUGACUGAGGAUCUCAAGGGCAAACGAGAGUCAAGUUUCGCCCAGUCUGAGGCCUUGGAUGCGCUUGUGUCCUCUUUGCACAGGACGCAUGAGGAGUGGCACAAACUCCGAAGUCAAGCUCAGCAAGUUGGCUGGGAUCUCGAUGCGACCAAUUUAAUCAAGGGCCACGGCCACCGGAUCCGGGUAGAAAUUGCAGUUGAGGACAAGAAAGACAAGUGA